UAAUGGUUGGAUCAGCUUACAUGGCGGCAGUUGGGCGCGUUUCGAUCCGGUUGUUUUUUGCCUGAUUUCUGUCUCGCCAUGGAGAUCCAAGCAGUUCACCAGAAUCUGCAUUGGGAACCUAAUAGUAUUUCCAAAGCUAAUUACACCUCGGACGAAGAUGAUUUUGAAAGCGGCAAUAGCACUGCAAAGCUUUAUGAGAGGUCACGCAUUAAGGCACUCGCAGACGAGCGAGAAAUAGUGCAGAAGAAAACUUUCACCAAAUGGAUAAACUCACACCUGUCAGUUGUCUCAUGCAGCAUCGAGGAUCUGUACCUGGAUUUGCGUGAUGGGAAAAUGUUGCUGAAAUUACUGGAAAUUCUCUCUGGUGAACGUCUCCCACAGCCUACGAGGGGGAAAAUGCGCAUUCACUGCCUGGAGAAUGUCGACAAAUCCUUAAAUUUUUUGUGCGAUCAGCACGUCCACUUAGAGAAUGUUGGAGCUCAUGAUAUUGUUGAUGGGAGUCCACGGCUCACAUUGGGCUUAAUUUGGACCAUCAUUCUUCGUUUCCAGAUUCAGGACAUAAUCGUGGAAGAGUAUCUGACGAGUGAAACACGCUGCGCAAAGGACGCUCUGCUUUUGUGGUGUCAAAUGAAAACAGCAGGUUACCACAAUGUCAAUGUGCGUAACUUUACUACUAGCUGGCGCGAUGGUUUAGCAUUCAACGCACUGAUUCAUAAGCACAGACCUGACUUGAUCAACUACUCUGCUUUGGUUAAAUCCGAACCCAUAAAGAACCUGACUAAUGCUUUCAACGUGGCCGAAGAGGAGUUGCAUCUCACACCCUUACUUGAUCCCUCCGAUGUAUGUGUCGAGCAGCCAGAUGAGAAGUCUAUCAUCACCUACGUGGUGACCUAUUAUCACUAUUUCAAUAAAAUGAAAGCGGACACGGUUCACUCGAAGCGAAUCGGUAAGGUUAUAAACCAAGCCAUUGAGACGGAAGACAUGAUAUGCCAGUACGAACAGCUCACCUCCAACCUGCUGGAAUGGAUUGAAAAGACUAUUGAGUUGCUCAACAACCGCACCUUUUCAAACUCUCUGUCCGGAGUCCAGCAUCAGUUAGCUGGCUUCAACACAUAUCGAACCAUUGAGAAGCCACCCAAAUUCGAUGAAAAAGGUGGUCUCGAAGUGUUGUUAUUUACCAUCAGGAGCAAGUUGCGUGCGAACAACCAAGCUUCUUACAAUCCACCUGAGGGUAAAUUGAUUGCGGACAUUAAUCGAGCCUGGGAACAGCUUGAACGGGCAGAGCACAUGAGAGAGCUGGCACUGCGUGACGAACUGAUUCGACAGGAAAAAUUAGAGCAACUGGCAUCGCGCUUCGACAGAAAGGCCGGCUUAAGGGAGGCUUGGCUAACAGAUAACCAACGUUUGGUUGCACAAGAUAAUUUCGGCCAAGAUCUGGCAGCUGUUGAAGCUGCCACAAAGAAACACGAGGCUAUUGAAACUGACAUUUACGCCUACCAAGAGCGCGUGAAUGCCAUGGUCAAUGUUGCCGAGCAACUGGAGCGCGAAAACUAUCACGAUCACGAACGCAUUCAGCUGCGCAGAGACAACGUAUUGACCCUAUGGAGCAAUCUACUUGGCUCGUUAUCUCUUCGGCGUCAUCGGUUGGAUAUAAGCUUGCAGUUACAACAUGUCUUCCAAGAGAUGACUUAUCUGAUGGACUGGAUUGACGAGAUCAAGGGUCGGCUACGGUCCGUUGAUUACGGAAAGCAUCUCAUGGGUGUCGAAGAUCUGAUACAGAAGCACGCCUUAAUUGAGUCUGAUAUACGUGUUCUGGGUGGGCGCAUGGAUCAGGUUUUCCGACAGGCUGAUCAGUUCAUAACUUGCAGCUUCCCUCAAGAGAUCGGUUCUUAUAAACCGAUAGAACCAGAAGUCGUUGAAGAACGAUGUCGGCAAUUACGAGCAGCCUAUGAAGAGCUUCAUGAUCUAAAGGACAGUCGGCUUCAAGGUCUACAGGAUUCCAAGAAAAUGUGGCAGUUCUUCUGGGACAUGGAAGAUGAGAAGGAAUGGAUCAAAGAAAAAAGCCAACUCAUGUCGAGUCCCGAUCUUGGACAUGAUCUCAGUUCUGUUGGCCGUUUGCUGAGGAAGCAUAAGGCGUUGGAAGAGGAGUGCAAAGUGCAUCACGGCGUUUUGCAAGAUGGCUUGAAGAAUGGGGACAGCCUGAUUGAAGAUGGCAACGCAGGAAAGGAUAUGAUCGCCCAGCGUAUCUUGGAAAUGAAUCAGCUAUGGGAUCAGCUGGUUGAUCAAACUGCCGAGCGCAAACAGCGUCUGAUCGAGUCAGAAGAGUUCUUCCAGUUGAUGGCUGAUUGCGACGACGUUGACGUCUGGUUGUCUGAACAACAACGCAAUGUUAGUAAUGAAGAUGUUGGUCUCAAGCUUGCAACUACGGAAUCACUGCUUAAAAACAACCAGGAAGUUAUCAGCAGUUUGAAUGAAUAUCAGAAGUCCAUCGACCAGCUGCAUCAACAGGCGGGUGUCGUUUCGGAUUAUCCCGAUUGUGAUGCAGCCACGAUCGCCAGUCGUCUGGGAGCUGUCGAUCAGCAUUACAACGUUGUCUUGGAACUGGCAAAGCUGCGACAACAGAGAUUGUUGGAUGCUUUGUCGAUGUACAGACUCUUUGAUGUUUCUGAUACCGUUCGAAUGUGGAUAACGGAGAAGGAGAAAUUGCUUACAACGUUAGUUCCAAGCGACGAAAUUGAGCUAGAAGUCCUCCGGCAUCGCUUCGAGUGUUUUGAGAAAGAACUGGCCGCGAACGCUGAAAAGGUCGAAACUGUUAACAAGUUAUCCCAGAGCAUGCUGGGUACUGAUCAUCCUGAUGGAUCAAAGAUACUGGAACAUCAGGAUGUGCUCAAUGCUUCUUGGAACGAUCUUGCGGACCUCGCAGAUCGCAGAAAACGUAUGCUUGACUUAGAGUACCAAUAUAACCAAUUUUUGGUCGAAAGCACGGAAACUGCGAAUUGGAUAAAGGAGAAAGCAAAGUUAGUCGAAUCCACCGACGAACUGGGUAAUGAUCUUAGCGGUAUUAUGCAGCUGCAGCGGCGCCUGGGUGGGCUGCAACGGGACCUGCAAGCUAUCGAGGCUAAAGUAGAACACCUGGAUGGCCAGGCUGAUGAGCUUCGGGAAGCAAAACCAGAGUAUCGACCAGUCGUGGAAUCUGAAAGGCAAAAGAUUCAUGAAUUCUGGAAUGACUUAAAGGAAAUGUUAAAGGAAAGGGACGACCGGCUUAACUAUUCAAGUGAGUUGCAACGGUUUUUGCAAGAUUUGGAUCACUUCCAAAUGUGGCUCCGACGUACACAAACCGAUGUUGCUUCGGAGGAUAUACCAAACGAUCUUCAGGAGGCAGAAGCUUUGGUUGAUAAACAUAGGCAACUGGGCGCUGAGAUUGACGGCUAUGAAGCCGAUUUCCGCCGUCUCAUGGAAUUCGGACGCCGCGAGACGGCCGGUCAAACCGAUGCGCAGUACGAAUAUCUUGCCAAGCGACUCGACCUUAUUGAGGAAGAUUGGGAUGCGCUACAUGACAUGUAUAACAAGCGCGGUGAAAUAUUAGCUCAGAAUGUCGAAGCUCACACCUUCUUCCGAGACGCCCUGCAAGCAGACGUUAUCCUCGCCAAGCUCGAACAGGCGGUUGCAAAAGAAGAAGCUCCUGCUUCGUUGGAGGCUGCUCAAGAGAACUUGCGCCAAUGGGAAGCACUACAGACCUCGAUCCUUUUGAACGACGACCGUAUUGAUAAUGUCCUCGCUCAUGGUCAUAACUUGAUUGAACGGAAAAUAUUCCCCGUGGAAAAAAUGCAGGCCAAAUGUGAGCAACUUAAAGGCCGACGGGAUUCUCUCAAGCGACGAGCUGCUGAGCGCAAAGAGGUUCUCGAGGAACAGUUGCGCCUCCAGGAGUUUUGCCAGGAGGUGGAUGAUGUUGAAGAAUGGCUGGCCGAAAAAGCAGUCGCGGUCACAGAGCAGCCUACUGCUCUGGCCAGAAACAUCGCUCUUUUGUACGGUCGAUUCAAAGCUUUCGAAGGCGAAUUAGAUGCCAACAAAGACAAAAUUUCCAAAGUCAUCGAGGAAGGUAGGAUAAUAUCGGAGACCCAUCCAACUCUCCAAGCUCAAAUUGCACCACGUGUCCAGGCUCUGCAGCAACAAUGGGAGGAACUCAAUGUUACCGCAGCCGACAAAAGUGCCAAAAUGGCAGACGCCAACCGGGAAACUCUCUUCGAUGAAACUGCCAAAUCCAUGUUGACCUGGAUCACUGAAGUUAGCUCACAGAUCGUCACCACCACCGAAGAAGUUACGGAAGAAAUCGGCCUCGUGGAAUUGAACGAGCAUUUGAAAGACCAAGAUCGCAAGGACCAAGAGCUGCUUAACAAGCAACGCUUGUUAGAGGACAUGGCGACCCACGCAGAGAAACUUAAGGAGCAAUAUCCCGAGCGUCAAAAAGAAUUCGAGCAAGUUCACCAAGAGGUACGUAUCCGACUAACAGAACUUGAAGCUCCUAUGGCCAGUCGCCGAGAUCGUCUGUUGAAACAGAAACGCGUCCGUCAAUUUCUCCGGGAUAUCGAGGAUGAAAAAGAUUGGAUUAGGGACAAACUAGCUCUCAUCGAGGACUCCAAUAGAGUCGGAACCUCGCUCUUGCUUGCGCAACAGCUUUUACGUCGUCAUCGUAUGCUAUCCAAUGAGGUAGAGAAUCAUCGUCCUCGGAUUGAAACCGUUUGCCAGGAAGGUGAGCAAAUGAUUCAAGAGGGCCAUCCUCGAAGCGAACGCUUCCGUGAGGCGAUCGAUGAACUAUGGGAUCUAUGGGGUCAACUGGAACACGUCGUGUCGGAUAGACACCAAAAACUGCUCGAAAACGAGGUUGCUCAACAAUACCUGUUUGAUGCCAGUGAAGCGGAGGCAUGGAUGGGAGAACAGGAGCUUUACCUCAUGGGUGAAGAACGCGCCAAGGAUGAACAGGGCGCAAAUAACGCAAUGAAAAGGCACGAGCAACUGCAAAAAAUUGUGGAGAAUUAUGCCUCCGAAAUACGCGAUCUCGGUGAACGUAGCCGUGUCAUGCUCGAGGCUGGCCAUCCUGAAGCUGAGGCUGUGGCUGCCAAGCAGGCUCGCGUAGACAAAAUGUAUGCAGGUCUCCGUGACCUUUGUGUGGAACGACGUGCGAGGUUGGAGGAGAUUCUCAAAUUGUACUACCUUCUGCGUGAGAUCCUUGAUCUGGAGGCUUGGAUUGCCGAACGAAUUGUGGUUGCCAGCAGCCACGAGUUGGGCGCAGAUUACGAACAUUGUUGCUUGCUCAGGGAGCGCUUCUCUGAGUUCGCACGCGAGACGAAUGAGCUAGGCAAGCAUCGUGUGGGCGCGGCGAAUGAGUUGUGCGACGCCUUAAUCGAUCAAGGUCAUGGGGAAGCUGCCGAGAUAGCCGGCUGGAAGGAUCGCGUCAAUGAAGCCUGGGCCGACUUAUUGGAGCUUAUCGAUACGCGCAUACAGUUGCUCAAAACCGCAUGGGACUUACACAAGUUCUUGUCCGAAUGUCAGGAUGUCUUGGAUCGUAUCACCGAAAAAGCGGGAAGUAUUCCGGAGGAAGUUGGGCGUGAUGCUAAGGCUGUGGCCGCUUUGCAACGAAAACACGCUAACUUUGAGUACGAACUGUCUCGGCUGGGCUCCCAGGUUGAAAGUUUGAUCGAAGCGGCUAACAACCUUUUGCCUUCGUACGCGGCGGACAAGGAGCGGUUAAUCUGUGAUCGUCGCGAUGAGGUGCUCCACGCUUGGCGGCAACUGCAAUGCUCCACGGAACAACGAAAAUUACAUCUAUUGGAUGCCGCUGAUGUCCAUCGAUUCUUCGCAAUGGUCCGCGAACUUCGAAUGUGGAUGGACAUUAUGCGCACCGAAAUGGCUUCGAAAGAAAAACCACGUGAUGUCUCAGGAGUUGAGCUCUUAAUGAACAACCAUCGCAGUUUAAAAGCCGAGAUAGACGCUCGUGAAGAGAACUUCAGCAUCUGCCUCAGUCUCGGGCGUGCCUUGUUAAAUCGGCGGCACCCGCGAGAAGAAGAUGUCCGUGAAAAAUGUAUACAGCUUGUUACCGAACGCAUACAACUUGUGGAUCAAUGGACUGAACGUUGGGAAACGUUGCAGCUUUUGUUAGAAGUUUAUCAAUUCGCACGUGAUGCUGAGGUCGCCGAUGCAUGGCUUAUGGCGCAAGAACCGUAUGUGGCUAGCAAGGACCUUGGCGAAACACUGGAUGAAACUUUGGCCCUUUUGAAGAAACAUUUGGCUUUCGAACGCGCCGUGGCCACUCAGGAAGAACGCUUCAUCGCUCUUCAAAGGCUAACCACUUUAGAGCUCAAAGCCAAGGAAAGAACUCCUGAAACGGAGGCCGCCCGUCGCGCCGAAAAAGAACGGCGGAUUGCCGAAGCUAUCAAAGAGUUUCUCCCACCCCCACCCAUUGUCCAAAUUCCCGUUUCUGAUGCAGAGAGAUUUGCCGGGGAUGCCAGAGCUGAAACCACUGGCCGUGUUCCUUCCACUCCCAAGCGAGGACGCGAAAGUAGGGACUCUGGUCGUCCUCCACGCGAUUUUGAAGGUAUUCUUAUCCGCAAGCAUGAAUGGCAGAGUGGAGGUAAAAAAGCUCCCUCUCGAUCUUGGCACGAAUUAUACUUUGUUUUAUCCGCAUCUGCUGGCACCUUAUCUGCUUACAAAGAACAGCGCCUAGCCAAAGAAAAGCCGAGCGAAUUGUAUCGCCACGAAACCCCAGUUCCCUUGGCUGGUGCUUCAGCCGCACCCGCGUUCAAUUACGCGAAAAGAAAGUAUGUGUUCCGUCUGAAGCUAUCUAACGGAGGAGAAACGCUGUUCCAAGCGCGUUCCGAUGAGGCGAUGCACGAGUGGGUUCAAAUGAUCAAUGCGGUCAUAGCCAGUCUGCCAAGUGAACCUCUUGAAUCCACCUCCAGCGCUGGCGGUCGGGCUGCCACUCUGCCUUCCGGUGUCCAAUCGGAAUCCCAGCUGGGUUCAAGCGGGGUCGCGACGGGAAAGAAAAAGUUCUUCACCCUGGGUCGGAAAAAAUGAAUUAUUAUUUAAUGGGACGUCGACGUGCGUUAUUCUGUGCUAACAAUGCGAUCUCCGGUCGCGGAUUAAAGUUCUUUCACCGCUUCAGCAUUGUUCUCUUUGGGCAUAUUUGCCUUCUCCCGAAAAUUGAUUUCCUGGCUGAAUUCUGUGCUAUAACACUAUUACCGAUGGGAACUUUUUUUUAUCUCCAUCACUGUCGCACCCACUUCUUUCUCUUCCGUUUUCGUCGGCUUUCUCAUAUCCUGAUAGAUCAUUUUUCGAACUUUCGCCUCGUCAACGCAAAUCAGUUCGUGUUUGCCCAUUAUCAGGUGUUUCGCAAUUUUCCCCGUACUUUUGCUCCGGCUCACGACUGCUGGCUGAUUUGACGCGCCUUACGGGGUCCCGUGAGCUUCUCAUGCCAUUCGCAGUCUAUCUAGUGUACGUCUUUUCCCCCUCCAACCCUGUGCUGUUUAAUCGUUUUUCCAUAGGAUGUUUUGAUUCCCUAUUUUAUACUUUGUAAAGAGGCUUGCGUCGUUUUUGGUUUAUUUUUUCGUUAGUACACCUUGUUUUCACUUUAUCCACCGUUCGUCUCCUCUAGGGAGCUAGCGUGUUGUGCUGGAGUUCCCUCAGCAUGGUUCCGUUUUUUGCGGCGCGCGGCUGCAUAUAUUUUUAAUAGACGUUCUGAGUUCACGAAUGCUUCCUUAUGUUAUGUUCGGUCACUUUGUGAUCCCCAAUCCCAUUCUCAGUUUUGACUGCAUCGCCUUCUUGCUUCUCUCAACUCGGUCCUGCUGCAAGACCGCUGUAUUGCUAAUUCGCUUCUAAUCCAUUAAAUGUUUACUUGAUUAUCGCUGUUGAGCGUAUUCGCUCUCCGCUUCGUGCUCACUUUUGCCUUCUACUCCUUAAUUCUUCCUUUGCUUCUUUACAUUAGAUCAAUUUUCUUAUACAUGCCAUCGGUUUAGUAUUCCAAUACAAGAUCAGUGCAGUAUCUGCUUGCAUACCCUACUCGCUGGGCUGUGGACAGAUACAGUCGUCUUGUGUUCUCAUCUCCUGCAAAAUUUUAGCUCACAGGGCGGUGCGAUUGCAGAUGUUCCACCGGUUCUGUUCACAUCAGAGCCAAAGAUAAUCGGUUGCACUGUAGCAAGUGCGGGACCACGUUCUGAGGCUUUUACUGGCUGGAUCUCUACUUGACUUUGCUGGUCACAUAUUCUAUUGAACCAGCUUAUCUCUGCUUGUACCUCGCGUGUUCAUUUGAAGGUUCUCAUCACUCUUUUUUAAUUGCCUCUACAAUUACAUUGGCUUAUGAUGCUGAAUUUU